AUGUCACGAAACAAAGAAAAGGCGCAGUCAGCGCUCAAUCGCUACUACGAGGAUAAAAUCAAGGACAAUGAUCUCGUUGUCGAUGUCAAUAACCGGCCCUCGCGCACACAAGCUGUCACACUGCUAAGAGCUGCAGAGGCAUACCGAAAGGCAGUCAUCGGCGAGUUUCUGGCGAAACUCUCGGAGAUAAACAAUCCCCUCGCCGAUGAGGACGAAAUCAGAGCUCUAAACGCCGCAAUCACAAAGCUUGAUAAGGAGAAGAUGGCAUGGGAAUAUAGGAUAGCUCUGCUCGGUGGGAAUGGCCGUAGACAACAAGACCGUAGAGUUGGAAUUAAUGUCAAUGGAACAUGGUUCUAUGGACGCGGUAAGGAGCUACCCGAGGCGCAGAUUUCCAGCACACAAAGCGCCAAAAAAGAGGAGUCUUCUACGCUAUAUCCAAUCACCUACUACGGCAACCAACCUCUGAUACCAAGAACAAGCGCAUCAGAAGUACUCGAAGAGAUAGAACUACAUCUCAAAAACGGAGGAAAGACUGAGCUGGUCCAGAAGGACAAAUUCACCAACGCUGAUGUCGAGAAAUGGCUAGUGGAGAAACGAAAGAAAGAGCUUCUUUCCAAACUCAAGGGCAUGAUGUAA